AUGGCUACAAUGGAUCUUUCGUCUGAUUUGGUAGAGGAGAUACUCUCACGGGUUCCAGCGAGAUCUCUUGUACGAUUGAGAUCCACAUGCAAGCAGUGGGAAGCCCUAAUCGCAGAGCCGAGAUUCGUCAACAAGCACUUGUCUCACAUGCGUUACCGUGAGCAACAAUUCACAGUCUUUAACAACGAACACAUAGUUUCUCCUUUGUUCGGUUCCACAACUUCUUAUGUAGGUAUCGAUUUCAACAAACCAGAAAAUUGUGGUGUGAAAUUGCCUUUUCCAAUAGCUCUUUCACCAGCGAUCAAUAUAUCUCAUUGUGACGGUCUAUUGCUAUACGUCACUAAAAGUAUGCUUUUGGUUGCGAAUCCGUUGUUGAGUCAAAAGAGAUGGAUUAAAUGUAGCGAAGGGUUUGACCAUUCCAUGGACGCGUAUGGUCUUGGAUACCUUUUUAACCAAUCAUCAGGUUUUUAUGAUUACAAAGUUGUAAGAUUUCGUUGUGGAAUUAAAAAUUCAUCAAGGGUAGAAGUCUACGCAUUCAAGUCUGAUUCUUGGAAGGUUGUUGUUGAUACAAACUUUGGUGGAUUCGAUGGAUUGCCAUUGUCAAGUGUUUGUUUGCGAGGAACUCCUUAUUGGCUAGGUUACAAUAAAUCUGGUAAUGAACUCAUGUCGAUACAGAGUUUCGAUUUCUCAAAAGAGAGAUUUGAGCCCUUGUUUCUUCCUCCUCAAUCCAUUGGGUCACGUAAUUUGGUAAAGUAUAUCUCUUUAGGGAUUUUCAGAGGAGAUCAACUUUCUUUGUUACUUGAAUGCCACGAAACAUGUAAGUUACACUUAUGGGUGAUGAAGAAGCAGCAUUGGAGCAGGCUGAUGACAGUUGAUGUACCUCAAGAUGCGAUAUAUGGAAAAUAUUUCAGUUCCUUCAUUGAGAGAAAUGGUAGGCUUGCAUUAUUGAUCAAAAGCAGGAAUAUUAGCAUCUACAUUGGGGGAGAGAAUCAAGAAUUCAAAAGAUUUGAAUACUUCACUGGUCUUGGUCCCAUGCUCAGUGAUUGCUGCUAUAUUCAGAGCUUGCUUCAGAUUCCAGGCUUUUCGAGAUGA